UUUUAGUCUGCGCCGUCCCAAAUGUCACUGGGCAUGCUUCUAAACUAAACAACAAUGUUUAACUACACAUAAACGUGAAAUAGUUUGGUUAUCAUCGACAUUGUAUUGGCUGGCAGUGGAUGCGCUUGAAUAAUUCUAAAAAACGAAGAGUUACAGAUGCCAAGGACAGCGAAGAACAGUUACACGUAGCCCACUUUUCGGGAAUAUCUAAAGAUUUCCAGGCGGGUCAUGGGCUCCUUGCUGAUACCCAGGAUAGGUUUUCGUAUCCUCCCAGUUAUCCCAAGAAUAUCAAGGCUGCCACACAAGAACAUACCACAGCAGUUGAAGGUGGGUGGUACAAACACAUUUUCCACGAAGAACGUAAACAGCGUUGCAACCACCAAGAGAAAAGCUUUCAAGUCAGACUUCACCCCAAAGGAAAGACCCACCUAUCACAAUUCAGUUUUUGCAGCAGGAACUGCUAAGCGUACUGCGGAGCGUUUCCAAAAGAGGAAUGACGUGUCUGACUCGGACUCCCCAGAGUCACCAGAAGGCUUAAAGAAAAGACCUUCCCUGACCGUACCAGACCACCCUCUCCCACCUACAGAGUGGAGGAAGAUAAAAGCAACCUUCGAACGACCUGAUCGCUUUGAGAUUGGAAUGAUGCUGCGCAUUAUGGUGGAGGAUGCAGACAUCAACAUUGCAAAAUCUCUUCUGACAUUUGUUGCCGUGGACACAGGCACCAUACCCUACGAAUUGCUCUUGAAAUAUUUAACAUUCUGUGUGAAAAGUGGCCACUAUACAGAAAUGUAUGACGUUUACGACAUCAUGAAAAGCCAGUUUGGUAAGUUGGAUACAGGCGCUUAUAGUUUGCUCAUCAAAGGGUACAGCAAGACAGAACGCUGGAGAGAGACUUUGGUCCUGCUGGAGGAUAUCAGCAGGAUCAUCACGCCCUCCUCUCGCAAUUAUGCCGAUACCAUCGGUGCUGCAGUGCAACACGGCAGCUGUGACACAGCAUGGACCCUCUACAGCGAACUCUUGGACAAGGGUGUCACUCCCACCCUUGACAUCUGGAGGCGUCUGUUUGAAGGAGGCAUUGUUGACCAUGAGCAUGACGAAAAGCUUUUGUCUGUUUUGCAACACAUGAGGGACAACCAGAUGUAUCCGGACGAGGCUCUUGCUGACCUCAUAAGAAAGUGGUUUGAAAGUCGCCCUGGCCAGAAAUGGAGUGGAGAGGUUUGCCGUGUGACAGCCAGAGGGGUGUGCCGGAACUGUAGCUCCAAGCUGGAAUCCAUAGAGCUCACUGAGGAAGACUACGCUGAACUCAAAAACAGUGUCAUGAAGAAUGUGAUAGAGGGCAAAGAUGUCUUCAAGAAGACCACACCUGAGGAGCUGAAGAGUUUCAAGGAGUUCGUCAGUAAACAGCCACCAUUCGAUGUGGUGAUCGACGGACUCAACGUGGCCAAUAUGACGGCAGGUCAGAGAGGAAGUCAGUCGGAAACGCUGCUGGCUGUGGUUUCGGAGUUUAGUCAGCAAGGCCUCUCCAUCCUGGUGCUGGGCAGGAAGCACAUGCUGCAUCCCACCCCGAGCUGGAAACGUCACCACAUGAACCAAAUCCAACAGAAGGCUCACUGCUUCUUCACCGCCAACAUAUCGGAGGAUGACCCGUUCCUGCUGUACGCCACUCUGCACUCUGGUAACCACUGUAACUUUGUGAGCCGGGACCUCAUGAGGGACCACAAGGCCUGCAUGCCUGACGGGAGGACCAGGCGCCUCUUCUUCAAGUGGCAGCGCGGCCACCAGAUCGUCAUCGGCGCCAUCGUGCCCGGGAAGAGGCCCCGUCUUCAGAAGAUACAAAGUUAUGACACCAUUAUCCAGAGUGAUGCAAACACCUGGCAUAUUCCAUAUGAUGAAGAAGGAGUAGAGAGAUGUACAUAUGAGGUCCCGCAGAAGUGGCUGUGCCUUACGGAUGAAACUGACAAAUAAAAGACAUGUUUAUGUUGUCUGGUG